GCCUGAGCACCAUCAACAGCAUUCCGGGUAUGGAACCUCAAGCCAUCAUCUACUUGCCUUAUCUUGGAACUGGUCUGGCUGGAGAAGCAAGAAAUGGAGUAAGUUUAUGGAUAAUCUUUCAGGAUGUGAAUGGAAGUCAGGAGAAAGAGAGUGGACAGGGCAGCCCCAUAUUGGGAGCCACAGCAGCAGGAGAGGGAACUGAAGCUCCUUCUGACAAUGCAGUCCUCACGGAUGACAGGAAUCACGAUGGCGGGACCAGCAGCAAUAGCCAAGUUGAGGGCCAACAAGAGGAGCCGAUCCCUGGGAGCACAAAAGACCAUUGGGCUCUAUCAGGGCUACCAGGCAAGCCGCAGCCACGCCAUAAGUUCACUGAGUUCCAGCUGCAGGAGCUGGAGCUCAUUUUUGAACGCAAUCACUACCCUAGUGCUGAAGUAAG